AUGAAGCGAGUCCCGCGGGCCGCCCUGGCCCUGGGGCUGCUGCGCCUCUGCCUGGCCCAGGCCAACUUCGCCCCCUACUUUUUCGACAAUGGGGUCGGCAGCACCCACGGAAACAUGGCGCUGUUCAGCCUCCCGGAGGACACUUCUGUAGGCUCUCACGUGUACACACUAAACGGCACAGACCCUGAGGGAGACCCCGUCUCCUACCACAUCAGCUUUGACCCCAGCACUAGAAGUAUCUUUUCUGUUGAUGCCAACUGUGGAAACGUCACCUUGGUUGAAGAGCUGGACCGGGAGAGGGAGGACGAGAUCGAAGCCAUCAUCAGCAUCUCUGACAGCCUAAAUCAGGUGGCAGAAAAAGUCGUGAUCCUGGUAACUGACGCCAAUGACGAGGCGCCCAGUUUCAUCCAGGAGCCAUAUGUCAUCCUGGUUCCUGAGGACACACCUGCUGGGAGCAGCAUCUUUAAGGUCCAUGCGGUGGACAGGGACACAGGCUCUGGAGGGAGUGUCACUUACUUCCUGCAGAAUCCACACUCCACCAAAUUUGCCAUGGACCGCCACAGUGGCGUGCUGCGCCUGCGGGCAGGGACCACGCUGGACUACGAGAAGGCCCGGGCACACUUUGUCACGGUGGUCGCCAAGGACGGCGGAGGGAGGCUCCGGGGGGCUGACGUCGUGUUUUCAGCCACCACCACCAUCACAGUCAGUGUGGAGGACGUCCAGGACACGGCCCCUGUCUUUGUGGGCACACCAUACUACGGCUACGUGUACGAGGACACGCUUCCGGGCUCGGAGGUGCUGACCGUGGUGGCCAUGGACGGAGAUCGGGGCAAACCCAACCACAUUCUCUACGGCCUCGUGAACGGGAGUGAUGGAGCCUUUGAAAUUAAUGAGACGUCCGGAGCCAUCUCGGUCAUGCAGAGCCCUGCCCAGCUCCGAAGAGAGGUGUAUGAGCUGCACAUACAGGUGACUGAGGUCGGCUCUGAAGGGCAUCCAGGUGACCACGCCAUGGUCUCAGUCAUCAUCAGGGUCGUGGACCUCAACAACCACCCCCCGACAUUCUACGGAGAGAAUGGACCCCAGGACAGGUUUGAGCUGUCCAUGUUUGAGCACCCGCCCCAGGGUGAGAUCCUUCGGGGCCUCAAGAUCACCGUCAAUGACUCAGACCAGGGAGCCAAUGCCAAAUUUAACUUGCGGCUGGUGGGACCCGGGGGCAUCUUCCGAGUGGUCCCCCAGACAGUCCUGAAUGAAGCCCAAGUCACGAUCAUUGUGGAGAACUCAGCUGCCAUUGACUUUGAAACAUCUAAAGUGUUAACCUUCAAGCUUCUGGCCGUGGAGGUGAACACCCCAGAGAAGUUCAGCUCCACAGCGGAUGUGGUGAUCCAGCUCCUAGAUACCAACGACAAUGUCCCCGAGUUCACCUCCCACUACUACGUUGCCAGGAUCCCCGAGAAUGCUCCUGGGAGCUCUAACGUGGUGGCUGUCACAGCGGUGGAUCCAGACACAGGCCCCUGGGGCGAAGUCAAAUACUCCAUCUACGGGCCUGAGGCCAACCUGUUCCUGAUCCACCCCUCUACUGGGAUCAUCUACACCCAGCCCGGGGCCAGCCUGGAUGCUGAGACCACUGCCAGGUACAACUUCUAUGUGAAGGCCGAAGACCUGGAGGGCAGGUACAGCCUGGCUGAGGUGUUCGUCACUCUACUGGAUGUCAAUGACCACUACCCCCAGUUUGGACAGAACAUCCAGGAGAAGACCAUGGUGCUAGGGACCCCGCUGAAAAUUGAGGCCACAGACCAGGACGCAGAGGAGCCCAACAACUUGGUAGACUAUUCCAUCACCCAUGCAGAGCCAGCCAACGUGUUCGAAAUCGAUGCACGCACAGGCGAGAUCCGGCUGAAGAACUUCAUCCAUUCCCUGGACGCCUUGCACAACAUCACAGCUGGCGGGGAUGGCACAUGGUCCCUUGAGGUACAGGCCAAGGACCGUGGCUCCCCAUCCUUCAGCACCACAGCCUUGCUCAGAAUUGAGAUCACAGACACCGAGGCGCUGUCCCGGGGCCCCAUGGCCACCUUCCUGAUGCAGACCAAAGACAACCCCAUGAAGGCUGUGGGUGUGCUGGCUGGCAUCAUGGCCAUCGUUGUGGCCAUCACUGUGCUCAUCUCCACGGCCACCUUUUGGCGCAACAAAAAGUCCAACAAGGUCCUGCCCGUGCGGCGCGUGCUCCGCCGGCGGCCCAGCCCCACACCCCGCACUCUCCGCAUUGAGUGGCUCAAGUUCAGGAAGGCAAAGGCUGCAGCCAAGUUUGUCCUCAAAGAGGAUGCUCCCAAUGAGAACUGCAACAACAACAGGCUGGGGAGCUCACUGCCCCCCAGAGCCCCAGCGCCUCCACCUCCACCCAGAGUGGUGCCCACCAUGGGCACUGCUCACUGGACAGUGCCUACGGUCUCUGGCUCACUGGCCCCCCAGCAGCCCCAGAGGUCACCUAAGCCAAAGGCCUUGGGAAGCUCCGUCCAGUCAGCUCUGGUUUCAGAGCUCAAGCAGAAGUUUGAGAAGAAGAGUGUAGACAACAAGGCUUACUUCUAGAGUGUUCUUGUCCCCCCUGCUUCCACAUGACUGUCCUGCCACUUGGACCAUGCUCCCCACCCUCUGCUCCUUAGGGUCAACCCUGUUCUUUACAAUGGUGGAACCCCACAUACAGAGCCCUGACACCCUUUUCUCUGGCUGUGGGGUGCAUCUAUCCAAUACUUCCCAGUUCCCCAGAUCCUUGACCCACCACCAUGCCUCUCUCUGCAAAGGCUAGCAACCGACAAGGAGCCAGCUCUCUGUGUCUGCCACUCACUCAUCCCAGUCCUCCCAGACCCGCAGGUCCUACUGGGUCUCAGCACCCUUGGCCAAGGAGCAGAGCUCUGGCCAUCUGUGAUAAGGCCAAAUAGAAUCUGGAUCCUGGAGCCUCCAGCUAAGAGUAGCGCAGGAAAAGGGGCUCAGUCCUGGACAAGGUUGGAGGGCAGAGAACCUUGAGCUGUAGGAUAACAAAUGCCAGCAAAGGAGGGCAGCGAAGUCCUGGGAUUCCUGCUGAUUCUGGGGCCAUUCAUGGCUGCCUUGGGGAAGACGAGGGUGGUGUUGGGGCAGAGUGUAGGCUCCUGCUAUGCCCAGUGGUACCAAGACGUGGAGGGCGUAAGAUGGGCCUUGCCAUGAGUGAGAGCAGAUGACCCUGCAAGGGCUGCCUCAGACCCAGAAAUUUCCACAUGGUGGUGGCCCUAGAGGCAUCUGGAGGAGCAUCAGGACCCCUUUCUGAGGGGCUGCCUCACCAGAGGUCCUUGAAGAGGUAGUGAGGGGUUGUACAUGGACAUCAGGAUGGAGAUCUGGGAGACGUCCAUGUCCAUGUGUAACCUUGGGAAUGUCGUUCAAACUCCCCGAUCAUCUUCCUCAUCUGUAAGUGAAGACAGGAAGUCCUGCUGCCUCGCUCAUGAGUCUAGGAUGAGCAUGGAAGAAAAGGUGAGGAGGGCUUUAACAAGUUGCAAAGAGGAACAAAUCUAAAGUAUUUUGUGAAGGGUCAGUUCUCUGGAGUCCAGCUCUUCCAGAAAGUAUUUGUUUCCACUCAUUGGCUCUUCUGAGCACACCCUAGAGGCUGGUGGAGCUCGGGCUGGGUGCUCUUGAUCAGCGUCACCCUUCUGUUCCCCCAUGGCAUUGCCCCUGCCUUCCCUUCCCCCAUCACUGCG